UCUAACAGACUCUGCAAGUGUUUAAUGUAGUAUAUUGCAGCACGAAGUGUCUCCACUUUGCUGAGUCUUUUGUCCUCGAACUCUUGGGGAAGAUGCUCCCGGAGCCGUGCGUAACCCUCGUUUACGCAGCGCACCCGCUGCCGUUCCCUUUCGUUCCUUUUUCGAAUGAACGCUGGUUCGAAUGAAUAGUCAUAUACAUCGAUGUGCCUGUGGAAUGGGAAAUACGAGAGACUCCCUGUGAAUCUCUGACCGUACACAGGAUCCAGCCGGCAGAAUGCACACAUUUCACACUAUCUUGGAUGAGCACACACUGCCGAAGUCAGAAUGAAUGACAUGAACCUCAGCCCAGUUGGGAUGGACCAGUUAAGUGUGCCCGCUGUGAGUGCCAGUCAUCUGGGUCUACCCACCUCCCCAACACACAACCCCAUCACUACACAGGGCAUGUCUGUGGCUAUACCCAGCCUGGGGCCCUCUCUUGGGUCUCUGCCCUCUGCUCUGUCGCUCAUGCUGCCAAUGGGUCCUCUUGGUGACCGAGGGGUCAUGUGUGGCCUUCCAGAGAGGAACUACUCAUUACCUCCUCCCCCCUACCCACACCUGGAGAGUAGCUACUUCAGACACAUACUGCCAGGUAUCCUGUCUUACCUGGCAGACCGGCCUCCCCCUCAGUACAUUCACCCCAGCAGUCUGAACAUGGACGGGACUCUCUCUGUGUCCAGCCAGAACCCCUCAGGGCUGGACCCUUACAGUGGCCCUGGUGGGCCUCUGGAACAGGGCCUGGUGUCCCUGGACUCCCGUCAGGUCAGUGGCCAGGGAGACCUCCACCAGGGUGGGGGCCACGAGGUGCAGCUGGACUCCACAGGGCUGAACAUGGAGUCCCGGGUCAGCAGCCCCAUGUCCCCAGACAGGAUGGGAGAGGACCUGGCCAACAUGGAGGGGGUGGUGGGGGCUGAGAACCAGCAGCAGCUGGGAGGGAGAGGCCAGAACCACGAGGGCCUGGGAAGAGUUGAGUCCUCUGGGGGCGUGAUGCCUCUGCACGGGCCUGGCCUGGAGCUUCCUGUGGGGAUGGAGCCAGAGCACCUAGGGGGUCGGGUGGGGAACUCAGGGGGAGGCGGUCUGGCGGAGUCUUUGCACAGCUCAGGGGAGCUGAACUCUGGGGUGGUGAGUGUGGUGCUCACCCAGUCCCAGCUGGAGCCUGUGUCCCUCCAUGGUCAUUCGGGCAUGGGCCUAGAGCCGGUGAACGUGUCCCCCAUCACGGCGGAGGUGUCCAUGGGGCCAGAGAACAGCCUGUUGCUGGUCAACUCCACCCUGCAGCUGGAGGACUCCACCUCCAACAAGGAGAACAUGGUCACUGCCUUCACCAUCUGGUGUACGCUGUGUGAGCGGUCGUAUCCCUCCGACUGCCCAGAGCACGGCCCAGUCACCUUUAUCCCUGACACGCCCAUCCAGAGCAGAGCCCGUCUGUCUCUGCCUUGCCCGCUCUGCCUCCGCAUCUCUGUAGCUGAUGAGCCUUUAGGAGUGUUUGCCCGGGACAUCAUACCUCCUAGGACCUGCUUUGGGCCCAUGGUGGGUCAGCACUGUAGCAACGUAGACCUGCAAGACUGGCCAGACAAGGACACCCCUCAGAUAUGGAAGAUGUUCCACAACAACGUGCUGGAGUUCUGUAUUGUGACCACAGAUGAGAAUGAAUGCAACUGGAUGAUGUUUGUCCGCAAGGCAAGGACCAGAGAGGAGCAGAACCUGGUGGCCUACCCCGACAACGGGAAGCUGUUCUUCUGCACGUCCACUGAGAUCCUCCCAGACCAGGAGCUGCUCUUCUACUACACCAGGGACUACUGCAGGCAGAUGGGGGUCCCUCAGGUCCCAGAGGGCCAGGUGUGCCAGUGCGGCAAAGAGUGCCAUUCCUUCGCCGAGCUCAAGUCCCACCUGAGCAGCCACAACAACCACGGCCAUUCCCACAGCCCCAGCCAGGACCACCACCAGGACCACCACCAGGAGGGCAAGCUGCCCAGCGGUACCUCCAUCUCCUCCUCAUCCCCCUGGGCCUGCCACUCCCACAACAGCAGCCUCUCUAAUAACACUAACAACUCUGGCUCCAACACGCACAGACACUCGCUUGAGAGGAAGUACAAGUGCAGUAUGUGCUCACGGGCGUUCACCACGUCCACUAAGCUCAACGUGCACUUCAUGGGACACGUGGGGAUGAAGCCGCACAAGUGUGAAUACUGCAGCAAGGCCUUCAGUGAUCCGAGCAACCUGAGGAUGCACCUCAAGAUACACACAGGUCAGAAGAACUACAGGUGUAAUGUGUGUGAGAAGUCGUUCACUCAGAAGGCCCACAUGGCGUCUCAUAUGGUGAUUCACACGGGGGCCAAGAACUUCAAGUGUGACCUGUGUGACAGGAUGUUCAUCAGGAAGCAGGACCUCAAGCAGCACAUGUUCACACAUACACAAGAGCGUCAGAUCCACUGCCCCAAGUGUGACAAACAUUUCUUGAGGACCAACCACCUGAAGAAGCACAUGAACUCCCACGAGGGCCGCCGGGACUACGUCUGUGAGAAGUGUGAGAAGGGCUUCCUCACCAAAUACCACCUCACCAGACACCUCAAGAUCUGCAAAGGCCCCAAAACUGACCGAGGGGCCCAGGAAGAGGAGGAAGAGGAUGAUGAUGAAGAGGAUGAUGAUGAAGAGGAAGGAGAGGAAGUAGAGAGACUGAUAGAUCCAGAUAGCAGAGAGGACUGUGGGUUAGAGGGAUAUGAUUCUGAGAAACCGUUGUCCCCACACAAUUGACUGUGACUUCACUGUGCCAUUACUAGAUAUGCUAAUUUAUUUACUUAUUUUUAACUGUUAGUUUGUUUUGCCAAAAUCUCAUUUGUUGUGUCAGGUUAAGGUUUAUUUUCAAAUAUCAGUUUAACAUUGGGCACAAUCAAACCAGGAUAAUCCAGAUUUUGAUGUAGAGGUACUGUAUGUGCUUAGGCUUCAUGUUAUAUUUCUUCAGGUACAUUUUCCUUGCCUAACGGCUCAUCCUGAAUUGUAUUCCGCUGCUCUAUCAUCGCUCCAUGCAUCAGUAUGAAACUGCCAUCCUAGAAGUCGUUUGUGCCGACAUCAAAAUGACGUGAUUCAUGUGGGCUGGCUUUGGCCCAACUCAUCGGUUACUGGGACCAAUCAGAAUGUGUUUGCGGUCUUAAAGAGUCGGGGAGGAAAACAAAUUCAGACUCAUAGAGAAGAAACGUUAGUUGGUGUGCCAUUUGGCCGGAGCAUGUGGCUGGGUAGCCAGGCUAUAAUUAUCCUAGAAAAAGUUAUGUUUUAACUCAAAAGCCAUGGCCUUUAACACACAAUAGUUAUUUUUUUAACAGUGGUCAUCUCUUUAUGGAAUAGAUACUGAGUUUGAGUCUCUCUGGAUGCUGACGGCUAGCUAGAUGCUGGCUCUGCUGCUGGUUGAAUGUUGAAGAGGUAUUGUGAUGUGUCGGCCACUUUUUGUAUGUAUGUACAAAUAUAUGAAUGAUGUAAGACGUCUGAAUUCCUUAUUGAUUGUGAUAAUGUAACAAAAAAUGACAUUCCACAUCUCAUCUGUAACAAGGUAUUUAUUACCCAAUCCACAUCUCAGCAGCAUGUUUUGAAAAGGGGCGGGUGUACAGAACGGAAGUAGUUAGACUGCUCUAGGACAUUACACUUCCGGUUGAAAUACAAAAUUUGUGCAGCGCCGUUGGAGCUAACGGGGUCAGGGAAACUGCUGAGCCUGUACUUCAGCAUCUCUUACUGGCCUAUCUGGUACAUAGAGCUGGCCUUCGCCUCAGUCUUCAGCCUCAACGCCCUGUUUGACUUCU